AACUAAACUCAUAUUUACCACAUUUUUUUGUUUUCUUUUGGCAUAUUUACUUUCGAUUUACUUUCGACCCUUUAUUUAACAGAGAAAUUAUUUAUUAUUCAAUUGCAAGCCAAUGUUCAGAACUAUUUUUGCGCGGUGUUCCUCGCGACUGAAAAAUGGAUCUGUAUCUGUUUGCAAGGCAGAACAGUUUCCUUCGAGCAGAUUUAAAAGAUUAUUACACAGCACUUCCAUCAAAGUUGAACAUCAAAAAAUGGAGGUUCAAAUUAUACCUGCAUUAGAAGAUAAUUAUAUGUAUCUCAUCAUUGAUGGAGAAAGUCGAGAAGCAGCAAUUGUGGAUCCAGUUAGUCCUGAUCAAGUUAUCUGUGCUGUCAAAGACAAUGCAUGUAAAUUGACUAAAGUACUGACUACUCAUCACCAUUGGGAUCAUGCAGGUGGCAAUGAAUGCUUGGCAAGCUCAAUAACAAAUUUAACAGUAUAUGGUGGAGAUAGUAGAAUUGGAGCACUAAAUUGUAAAGUUGAGCAUGGUAGCAUUAUCAAUGUAGGAAACUUGAAAAUCGAAUGUUUGUCGACACCUUGUCACACAAAAGGUCAUAUAUGCUAUUAUGUUACAAGAAAUAAUUCAGAACCAGCAGUUUUUACAGGUGAUACCUUGUUUGUUGGGGGAUGUGGAAGAUUUUUUGAAGGAACUCCUGCACAAAUGAACUGUGCUCUGAAUGAAAUUUUAGCCAAACUUCCAGAUGAAACAAAAGUUUAUUGCGGUCAUGAAUAUACUGUACAAAAUCUGAAAUUUGGCCUACAUGUAGAUCCUACUAACCAAGCAAUGAAAGAAAAACUGGAAUGGGCUUGUAGUCGACGCAAAAGUAAUCUCCCAACUAUACCAAGUACAAUUGGAGAGGAAAAAUUGAUCAAUCCAUUCUUGAGAGUUUGCGAUGCUAAAGUUAAGCUUUUUACAAAAAAAGAAGAUCCAAUAGAAGUAAUGGGAGCUUUAAGACAGGCAAAGGACUGUUUUAAAGCUAAUUAGAUUUCCCUUAAGAUCAUUAAUACUGAGCUAAAUUUUUAAUUAAUGAAUGCUUCUCAUUGAUUCUGUGUAGUGCAUAUUGUUAUUAUAUUUAAUAUUCACAUCUUUUAUUACGAAAUUGUAAAAUUGUACAGCUCAUAUGUAUAUUCCAACGAAUAAAGCUAUAUUUAUAUUCUA